AUGAGGUUUACACAAUUCCACGUACGCAUAUUUAGGGCUUUAGCUUCUUGACCCGACGCCCCUCCAUUACUGUUACAUUCUCUUUUAACUCCGUCAAGCGGGAAACGGCGGCCAACCUCCGCUGACCCAAACCUAAUCAAACGCCUCGGCGGUUGCUGGAAUCGUUAUCGUUUUCGCCGUUAUAUGUCACGUGAAAGUGUUUUCAGUAUUAUUCUCUCUCUCUUUUUGCUUUAACAUAAAGCCCCGUUUCGCCGUCGGAGUCGGAUCUUUCUCGCCGACCCGUUGGGCUCAGAGAGAGAAAGAAAGUUAGGGUUUGGUUUUGUCAUUCUGUUUGGGCGUUUCUCUUUUGUUCUUUGUGAGGUUGAGUUGUUUCGAGACGGUUUUUUAUGGAGGCGGCUUUGCUUGACGAGGUAAUACGGCGGCUGACGGCGGCGAAGGUCGGCCGGACGACGAAGCAGGUGCAUCUUUCGGAGGCGGAAAUCCGGCAGCUCUGCGUUGUGUCUAAGGAGAUCUUUCUCAACCAGCCUAACCUUCUCGAGCUCGAAGCUCCGAUGAAGAUUUGUGGAGAUGUUCACGGUCAGUUUUCAGAUCUUUUACGGUUGUUCGAGUAUGGUGGGUAUCCUCCCGAAGCAAAUUAUUUAUUCCUAGGUGACUAUGUUGAUCGUGGUAAGCAGAGCAUAGAGACGAUAUGCCUUCUCCUUGCAUACAAGAUCAAAUACAAAGAGAACUUCUUUCUUCUCAGGGGCAACCAUGAAUCUGCAUCCAUCAAUCGAAUAUAUGGGUUCUAUGAUGAGUGCAAGAAGAGGUUUAGUGUUCGUGUUUGGAAAAUAUUUACUGACUGCUUUAACUGUCUGCCGGUGGCUGCUCUUAUAGAGGGGAAGAUCCUUUGCAUGCAUGGUGGAUUGUCUCCUGAUUUGAAAAACUUGGAUCAGAUAAGGAAUAUUGCCCGCCCUGUUGAUGUACCAGAACAGGGCCUUCUCUGUGAUCUGUUGUGGGCUGAUCCUGAUAAAGAUGUGGAAGGCUGGGGAGAGAAUGAUCGGGGUGUCUCAUAUACAUUUGGGGCUGACAAGGUUGCUGAGUUCCUUCAGAGACAUGAUCUUGACCUCAUCUGCCGAGCUCACCAGGUUGUGGAAGAUGGAUAUGAAUUUUUUGCAAAGCGGCAGCUGGUAACCGUAUUUUCAGCACCAAAUUACUGUGGCGAGUUUGAUAAUGCUGGUGCAAUGAUGAGCGUGGAUGAUACCUUGACAUGUUCCUUCCAGAUUCUCAAAUCUUCUGAGAAGAAAGGAAAGGUUGGAUUUGGCAACAUGAUGUUGAGACCUGGAACUCCACCUCAUAAGGGCGGGAAGGGUUAAUUGAUUCGCACAAGCGCCAGUUAAUCCAAAGAGCAAAAAAUUGAGUAAUUCCCUUGUCCAUCUCAAAGCUGUUUUCUGCUGAAUCAUUUUUAUACUGCAUGGCCUGUUUCAAUCAGUACUUUUCUGGCACUAGAGAAAUGUGAAAGCACAAAGCAACUCCAACACACUGUCAAAAGAGCUGAGAAACCUUUGCAGCUGCAACUUGGGGAGUUCUUUUUUCGUAAAUUAGGAAGUCUGACUUCAUGAUGUUGAAAUUUACCUCCAACCUUUUUUUUUGCAAUACUUAACGUGUACUGUUUUAUGCAAUUGGGUUAAGCUCUCAAUAUGAGAUAGAUACUAUGCUUUCAUGUUAGCUCGUCACUACUGCAUGAUUGUAUUAUUGAUCCUGUGAUUCCUAUCCACCAUCUUGGAGGUUUUAUAUAUUUACCUUCCUGAA